UGAUAGUAGUUAUAGGCAGUGUGCAGACGUUUACUGAGCUACAGCACAAAGCAAUCAUGAUCUCAGAAUGGAUCUUCUAUAUCAUUUUGUACCUGCUCGCUGCUGUUUUUACAGCAUUCUUUGCAUAUUGCCUGUACGUUCAUCAUAUUCAUCAGAAAUAUGAUCAUAUACCUGGACCUCCAAGAGACAAUUUUCUGCUUGGACAUUCACCAUCUCUAACUAAAGCACUUUAUUCUGAUGACAGCCUUAUAUAUGACUUAUUCCUUCAAUGGGCAGAAAAGUAUGGUCCUGUUUACAGGAUUAACACUUUGCAUUAUGUCACAAUAGUGGUUUACUGCCCAGAGGCUACGAAGACGAUCAUGAUGUCACCUAAGUAUACCAAAGAUCCAUUUGUCUACCGACGCGUCUUUAACUUGUUUGGGAAAAGGUUCUUGGGAUAUGGGCUAAUUACAGCUGUGGACCAUGACAUCUGGUACAGGCAGCGUCGCAUCAUGGAUCCAGCCUUCAGCAGCUCAUACUUACGAAGCUUGAUAAGCACUUUUGACGAGAUGUCAGAACGCCUGAUGGACAAGCUGGAGGAAAUUGCCAACAACAAAACCCCUGCCGUCAUGCACGACCUGGUCAACUGUGUUACACUUGAUGUCAUUUGCAAGGUGGCUUUUGGUGUUGAUUUAAACUUCUUGACUCAAAAGGAUAGUCCCUUCCAGAAUGCAGUAGAGCUGUGUUUAAAGGGAAUGACCUUUGAUGUCAGGGACCCAUUAUUUAGGAUUAUUCCUAAAAAUUGGAAGCUUAUACAGCAAGUUAGAGAAGCAACUGAACUCCUGCGUAAAACGGGAGAGAAAUGGAUACAAAACAGGAAGACAGCAGUGAAAAAUGGAGAGGACGUCCCCAAAGACAUUCUCACACAAAUCCUCAAAUCAGCAGAGGAGCAAAAUGUUACUAGCACAGAAGAUUUUGAGCAGAUGUUGGACAAUUUUGUGACUUUCUUCAUGGCUGGCCAAGAGACAACAGCCAAUCAGCUCUCAUUUGCAAUCAUGGAAUUAGGGAGAAAUCCAGAGAUCUAUAAACGAGCUAAAGCAGAGGUGGAUGAAGUCCUCGGAACCAAAAGGGAAAUUUCAAAUGAAGACCUUGGAAAAUUGACUUACUUGUCUCAGGUGUUGAAGGAAACCCUGCGUCUGUACCCCACUGCGCCAGGAACCAAUCGCUGGCUUCAUGAGGACAUGAUCAUAAACGGCAUUAAAAUCCCUGGAGGCUGUUCUGUUAUGUUCAAUUCUUUUGUUUCCCAAAGACUGGAAAAGUUUUUCAAAGAUCCGUUGAAGUUUGAUCCAAAGAGGUUUGAUGAGAAUGCCCCAAAGCCUUAUUACACCUACUACCCAUUUGCACUUGGUCCACGAACCUGUAUUGGGCAGGUCUUCUCUCAGAUGGAGGCAAAAGUUGUGCUUGCCAAACUGCUCCAGAGAUUUGAGUUCAGUCUGGUCCCUGGACAGUCUUUCGACAUUAAAGACACGGGAACUCUACGGCCCAAGAGCGGAGUGAUCUGCAACAUCAAGCAGUGCUCAUAGGACAUGUUUAAAUCUCUAAUGACAGCUCUUCUGAAAUAAAUCCUCUUAUAUUAGUCAAACAUUAAUCAGAGAACAGAAGAGGUAACAGAGCAAUCCCUGAUAAUGAGCCAUCAAUUGAUUACAGUGUACACUAACUUUAAAGAAAAAAAAUAAAACUCACAAUCAAAAAGCACAACUUUAGAUUUUGUUAAUGAAUUAGUGAAUGUUGAACUCUGAUUAUUAUUGAUAAAUACUGUACAAGAUUGUUCAUACUUAGUUCAUGAUAGUAAAUACACUAACAUUAACUACUGGACAGUUAUUGAAAGUGUUACUGUAACCCACCUAUGAAAUUGAUUUACUGAAAAGGGGAAAAUUAUCUACUGGGUCUGAGCUUUCUAAAGUAUAUAUGAAAUUUCAACACAAUUUACUUAAAAUCUCGGGUUCGGGAUAUCUCAACUUAACGACACAAUAUAUUUAUGAAUGGUGUGGUCAAAUUUUACAUAUUAUUCAUACUAUAAUCUCCAACUGCUCAAAUAAAAAUAAAAAAACCCAUACACAAGAAAAUACUUUUGAGUUUGCUGUAUUGCAAAUUUUCUGGUCUGUAUCUGAACUGCUUUUCAGCCCUUAU